GCCUCUCACCCUCCCCGAGUCCACAGACAUUCUCUGUUCUCCUGCUCCCUCGAUCUCCCCGCCCACCACCUCUCUUCUUUAUCCUCCCUUUCUUUAGAAAGAAAGAGAGAAGGAAAGAAAAGAGCUGCUGCGAGAGCAUUAGAGAGAGAGAGAGAGAGAGAGAGAGAGCGCACUGAAAGCGUUGCUUUAACCGUGGAUGGGAUCCCUUUUUUUUAAAAAAAAAAGAACAUAAGGGAGAGAGCUAUGGAGAGGAAGACAUAGGCAGUGGUUAUUGAUGUCUAAGAGCAUGCACGCUCUUUCCUCGAAAGAACCCUAUCUUCGAAUGUAGAAGUGGCUAGGGUUCUUGUUCUUGCUGGUUCUCGCUGGGGAUCACCGCCGAUCGGAUCGUUCUGCCGCUUCUCUCUCUUCGCGGCUAUCGACACGACAUCAGGAUAAAUGCCUACAAGGUGGUGAUGGUUCUGGGAGUGGUAGGUAAACAGGCAGCCUCGCCGCCAUGCUCGCAGUGGUAGAGAGAGACAGCAGCUUCCGCGCCUUGCCUUCGCCUUCGCCUUCCCCUUCCCCUUCGCCCUCCUGCGAGAUGCCCCUCCGCCACCUGGCCAAGGACCCCGCCAGGGGGGAGAAGCACGUCGUCUCCAAGAAGCCCUUCCAGAACUCCAUCAACCACCACCAGCAGCAGCAGCAGCUCGAAAGCCACACCUCGUUGCCGGUCGCUACCAAGAAAAGCGCCGGGAGGCGGCGGGGAAGAGGGAGAGCCAAGGUCGCGGCGGAGAGUCCCCUGGCGAAGCCGGAGAUGGAGACUGGCGUUAAUGCCGGACCGCCUGUUUCCAGCAGAGGCAUCGGGUUCCACCGCCGGCCUGGGUUCUGCCAGGUGGGCACCAAGUGCAUUGUUAAGGCCAACCACUUCCUCGCAGAGCUGCCGGACAAGGACCUUAUCCAGUAUGAUGUUACGAUCGCGCCGGAGGUGGCCUCCCGAAGUAUGAACAGAGCUAUCAUGGCAGAGUUGGUCAGACUCUAUAGAGAGACGGAGUUGGGGAUGCGGCUUCCGGCUUACGAUGGCAGGAAGAGCCUUUACACGGCCGGAUUUCUGCCCUUUAAUUCCAAGGAGUUUACUGUGAAGAUCGCGGAGGAGGAUGAUGGAAUAGGAGUUACGAGGGAAAAAGAAUAUAAGGUGGCGAUCAGGUUUGUAGCUCGAGCGGACCUUCACCAUCUGCGUCAGUUCAUAGCUGGAAAGCAGGCUGAUGCUCCUCAGGAAGCUCUUCAGGUUCUUGAUAUUGUCCUAAGGGAAUUAUCGAGUCAAAGGUACAUAUCUAUUGGGAGAUCCUUCUAUUCUCCUGAUAUCAGAAAACCACAUAGGCUCGGUGAUGGAUUACAGUCAUGGUGUGGCUUCUACCAGAGUAUCAGGCCAACUCAGAUGGGCCUCUCUCUGAAUAUUGAUAUGUCCUCCACUGCUUUUAUCGAGCCACUCCCUGUGAUUGAGUUUGUCGCUCAGAUCUUGGGCAAAGAUGUGCUAUCACGACCAUUGUCAGACGCUGAUCGUAUCAAGAUCAAAAAGGCGCUUAGAGGUGUGAAAGUUGAAGUCACUCACAGAGGAAAUGUGCGGCGGAAAUAUCGAAUUUCAGGGCUGACAUCACAACCGACUCGCGAGUUAAUUUUUCCUGUUGAUGAUCAAAUGAACAUGAAAUCUGUUGUUGAAUACUUCAAAGAGAUGUACGGAUUUACGAUUCAGUACUCGCAUCUUCCUUGUCUUCAAGUAGGAAAUCAGAAGAAAGCAAAUUAUCUGCCAAUGGAAGCUUGCAAGAUAGUUGAGGGUCAGAGAUACACAAAGAGGUUGAAUGAAAAGCAGAUUACUUCCCUGCUGAAGGUUACUUGCCAGAGGCCCAGAGAGCAGGAAUUGGAUAUCUUGCAGACAGUUCAUCAGAAUGGGUAUGAACAAGAUCCCUAUGCAAAGGAAUUUGGUAUCAACAUCAGUGACAGACUCACCUCAGUGGAAGCUCGAGUUCUUCCUGCUCCAUGGCUAAAAUAUCACGACACUGGCAAAGAGAAGGAAUGUUUGCCACAGAUUGGCCAAUGGAAUAUGAUGAACAAGAAAGUGAUAAAUGGAGGCACAGUAAACCACUGGGCCUGUAUUAACUUUUCACGAGGUGUUCAAGAAAGCACUGCUCGUGGAUUUUGUCAGGAGCUAGCACAGAUGUGCCAAAUAUCUGGCAUGGAAUUCAACCAUGAGCCAGUAAUUCCGAUCUAUUCUGCAAGGCCAGAGCAAGUGGAGAAGGCUCUUAAACAUGUAUAUAAUGCAGCAAUGAACAAACUCAAGGGGAAAGAACUAGAGCUUCUUUUAGCCAUCCUUCCUGACAAUAAUGGUUCUUUAUAUGGAGAUCUGAAGCGAAUAUGUGAAACUGAUUUGGGAUUAAUAUCCCAGUGCUGCCUGACAAAGCAUGUUUUUAAAGUUAGCAAGCAAUACCUGGCAAAUGUGUCACUUAAAAUUAAUGUGAAGAUGGGAGGAAGAAAUACUGUACUUCUAGAUGCUAUAAGUUGGAGAAUUCCCUUGGUCAGUGAUACACCAACGAUAAUAUUUGGAGCAGAUGUAACACAUCCUGAAACUGGAGAGGACUCCAGUCCAUCAAUUGCUGCUGUUGUUGCUUCCCAAGACUGGCCUGAAGUUACAAAAUAUGCUGGACUUGUGUGUGCUCAAGCUCAUCGGCAAGAACUCAUUCAGGACCUGUACAAGACAUGGCAUGAUCCUCAGCGGGGCACAGUUACAGGAGGCAUGAUCAGAGAGCUUCUGAUUUCCUUCAGGAAGGCCACAGGACAAAAGCCGCUAAGGAUAAUCUUUUAUAGGGAUGGUGUCAGUGAAGGGCAGUUCUAUCAAGUCUUACUAUAUGAAUUAGAUGCUAUUCGUAAGGCAUGUGCGUCCUUAGAACCAAAUUACCAGCCACCUGUUACCUUUGUGGUGGUCCAAAAGCGCCACCACACAAGAUUAUUUGCAAACAAUCACAAGGACAGAAGUAGCACAGACAGGAGUGGGAACAUCCUACCUGGUACAGUAGUUGAUUCUAAGAUUUGUCAUCCUAAUGAGUUUGACUUCUACCUUUGCAGUCAUGCUGGCAUACAGGGGACUAGUAGGCCAGCGCAUUACCAUGUUCUAUGGGACGAGAACAACUUCACAGCUGAUGAAAUGCAGACGCUGACAAAUAAUCUAUGCUACACGUAUGCUCGGUGCACUCGAUCUGUUUCUGUUGUACCACCAGCAUAUUAUGCUCAUCUGGCUGCAUUCCGAGCCCGGUUCUACAUGGAACCAGAGAUAUCUGAGAGCUCUGCAUCCCGGAGCACACGCACAGCAAAUGGGUCCUCUGUGAGGCCCCUCCCUGCCUUGAAAGAGAAGGUGAAGAGGGUGAUGUUCUACUGUUGAGAGGGAAGGCAAGAAUAAGUUGCAUCCUGUACAUUAGUGCUGUAUUUAUAUUGUAGAGUGGGCAAUGUAUUACAGUUUUUCAAAAUCAUGCAGUUCCUGAGCUGAGCGAUGGAGCUUGUCAAGGGACUGCCAUCUUGAUGUUGGUAUACCACUUUAGGUCCGGAAUGUAUCCCAUUUUCCAUGUCUCAUAUGGCAGGCUGAGGCUAUGGUUCCAUCUCUUGGGUGAUGAUGACUACUGUUUGGAUUA